GGAACACGUAAACAUUAGCCAUUAAAUAUCUCUCCACUCUUCUCUUCCCUUGUACGUUCCUACCACAAACUCAUAUCUUCUCCACAGCCAAAGAAGAAAAAGAACACAGCUAACACCAUGAGUGUUCUACAUCUUCUCACUCUCUCCCUUCUCAUCUCUGUUUCAGGAGCAAAGUUCUCAGGCCGACCAGGAGUGAACUACGGCCAACUCGGAAACAACCUCCCGUCACCGUCCGAAUCAGUCACCCUCAUCAAAUCCCUAAACGCCAAAAGCGUCAAACUCUACGACGCGAACCCAUCAAUCCUCGCCGCCCUAAACGCCACCGACAUAGUCGUCUCCGUCAUGGUCCCAAACGAGCUAAUCGUCAACAUAACCAAAUCAAAAACCCUCUCCGACGACUGGAUCCGAUCCAACAUCCUCCCGUUCUACCCUUCCACCAAGAUCCGUUACCUCCUCGUCGGCAACGAGAUCCUCUCCUCCCAAGACUCCUCCCUCAAAUCCUCCCUCGUCCCCGCAAUGCGCAAGAUCCAACGCUCAUUAAAAAAACUCGGAGUCAAAAAAGUCAAAGUGGGGACCACACUCGCAAUGGACGUUCUCAAAACAUCGUACCCUCCUUCCAGCGGUGAGUUUCGUUCCGACAUCUCCAGUUCUGUAAUGAAACCGAUGCUACAAUUCCUAAACCGGACCAAAUCUUUUUUAUUCGUCGACGUCUACCCGUAUUUCCCCUGGGCCCAAGAUCCGGCCCAUGUAAACCUCGAUUACGCGCUUUUCGAAUCUAAAACCGUAACCGUCGUGGACCCCGCCACGAACCUCACUUACCACAACCUCUUCGACCAGAUGAUCGACUCCUUCGUCUUCGCCAUGAAAAAACUCGGGUACCCGGAUCUCCGGAUCUGGGUCGCGGAAACGGGUUGGCCCAAUAACGGAGACUACGACCAAAUCGGAGCCAACAUCCACAACGCCGCCACUUACAACCGCAACGUCGUCAAGAAACUAACCGCCGACCCGCCCGUUGGUACUCCGACCCGACCCGGGAAGAUUCUCCCGGCGUUUAUCUUCGCGCUUUACAACGAGAAUCAGAAAACGGGGCCGGGUACGGAGCGGCAUUUCGGGCUCUUGCAUCCGAACGGGAGUAAGGUUUACGAGAUUGAGUUGUCCGGGAAGACGACGGAGUAUGAGGAGGCUUUGCCGGCGCCGGAGAAUAAUGAGGCUUAUAAAGGGAAGAUAUGGUGCGUUGUGGCGAAAGGAGCGAAUUGGACUCAGCUUGGGGAUGCGUUGUCGUACGCUUGCUCGCAGGGGAAUAAGACUUGUGACGCGAUUAAACCGGGGGGUGAAUGUCAUAAACCGGAUUUGAUGGUUUUUCACGCGAGUUAUGCGUUUAGCUCUUAUUGGGCUAGCUUUCGGAAGACUGGUGGGACUUGUUACUUUAAUGGGCUUGCUACUCAGACCAUUAAAGAUCCAGGCUAUGGACGAUGCGAGUUUCCGAGUGUGACAUUGUGACGACUUAAGAGUUACGACAGUGUUGUGAAGAGAGAGACGUACGAGGAAAGACCGCAAGAAGUUACGGCUUUAUUAGUAGACCCGGCACGUGAAACCGGCUAGAUGUGAUUGCUUGAUUACUAGAAAAUUUAUGAUGUUUAUUUAAUUUGUUCUCCCUCGGAUGAUAAAAGAUCAUUAGUAAUAAAUUCGUUUUCGUAACGUGAUGAUUCUCUAAAGAAUACGAUACCAUAAGUUUUUUCACUUUGCAAUAAAAAGUCAAUCCGUGAACUUUAAAGUCUUUGCUUUUCACUUUUAUACGAAGUAGAAAGGGCUGUAUUUGUACGUGACUAAUCUAACUUUGAAGAAAGUAAAUUAAAUACGAAAGUAAUCUAGCACGUGAUACCUCAAGAUGUUAUUGGUUGAUUACUAGAAACUGCAGGGUGUUG